AUGACGAGCAUAGACGAACUUUUCCAAAAAUCUGGACUCCCCAGCAAACGCAAGCUGGACCCCAUCCGUGAUCCAACCGAAGUCUACAAAUCCGCCAAAGUCACGCCCUCCACCUCCCGACACGCCCACAUCGAAGACAACAACGACCCCGACACCGAAGCCGGCCCCUCCCUUCCACCCCCCGACGACGAAGACGACUACGGCCCAUCCGCCCCUCCCAACGAUGAUGAAGACGAACCCGGCGACGACGCAGACGGGCGCUUCUUCGGCGGGGGCAUCACGCGCACGGAGCGCGAGAUCCUCAACUACAUGGACACGAACCCGGCCGCGGCCGCGGCCGCCGACGCAGAGGACGAAACCAUCGACCAGGCGUGGCUGAAGAAGGCGGCGCUGGCCUUUGAGAAGAAGAUUACGCGCAACGCCGAACUGCGCGCGCGCUACGAGUCGGACCCGGCCCGUUUUAUUGACUCCGAGGCGGACCUGGAUGCUGCCAUCAAGGCGCUGUCGAUCCUGUCCGAGCACCCGGAGCUGUAUCCGGCGUUUGCGCGCCUGGGUUGCGUGGGGAGUCUGGUGUCGCUGCUGGCGCAUGAGAAUACGGAUAUUGCGCUGGAUGCGGUGGAGAUUGUGGGGGAGUUGACGGAUGAGGAUGUGGCCGCGACGGAGGAGCAGUGGGGGGCGUUGGUGGAUGCGUUGGUCGAGGCGGAUUUGUUGGGGUUGGUGGUGAGUAAUUUGGGGAGGUUGGAUGAGACGCAGGAGGCGGAUCGGGAGGGGGUAUAUCGCGCGCUCGGGGUGGUAGAGAAUUUGUGUUCGAGGUUGGAGACGGCCGAGAUGGUGGGAGAGGAGGAGGCGUUGGUGAAGUGGUUGUUGGAGAGGGCGGGGAGGAAGGAGGUGCCCGUGGGGCAGAAUAAGCAGUAUGCGGCCGAGAUACUGGCGAUUUUGGUGCAGAGCUCGGGGAAGAAUAGGAGACGGCUGGCGGGGUUGGAUGCGGUGGAUCACAUGCUGCAGCUUGUGGCGGCGUACCGGAAGCGGGAUCCGGAGAAGGGCGGGGACGAGGAGGAAUACAUGGAGAAUCUGUUUGAGGCUCUGACGAGCAUUGCGGACGAGCCCGAGGGGAAGGCCAAGUUCGUGGACGCCGAGGGUGUGGAGCUCUGCCUGAUCAUGCUCAAGGAGGGGAAGCUCAGCAAGCCAGCGUCGUUGAGGCUACUCGACCACGCAGCGGGCGGGCCGGCUGGAGCUGGAGUCUGUCAAAAGAUCGUGGAUGCCGGCGGGCUAAAGACCACUUUCACCAUGUUCAUGAAGACGCGCGACAACCAGACGACGGAACACUUGGUGGGUAUAUUCGCCUCGAUGCUGCGGUUGCUGCCGGCCGAUUCAGCGGAGCGGAUCCGCGCGCUCGCCAAAUUUGUGGAGAAGGACUACGAGAAGACGGCAAAGCUGGUCCAGUUACGGCGAGACUAUGCGGCGGUUAUUGGUCAAGUGGAUGAGCGGAUCAAAGAGGAACGAAAAGGCAUGGACGCUGCGGAAAGAGAGGAAAUGGCGGGCGAGUGGUUCUCGCGCCGUCUCGACGCCGGUCUCUUCCGCCUCCAGACGAUUGACGUGAUUCUCGCGUGGCUCAUUGCCGAAGACAGCGGGGCAAAGAAAAAAAUCCAGACGCUCUUGGCCGAUAGGGAUGAGUCGUUUGCGGAUAUUAGGGGAACUAUCCAGGAGCAGAUUGAUGGCAUUGACGUUGAGUCGGAGGAAGGGAAGGAGACGAAGGAGAUGUUAAAGACGCUCGUCCAAUUCCUUCAAUGA